AUGCGAGACCCUAAAGGAGGACAGCCACGACGCCGGGGUCCGCGGCCACAAACAGCCCAAGGGAUUGAGCUGCGUGCCCUGGGCAAGAUCGAGCCGGGUGAGGAGGUGACAGUGUCCUACGUGGAUUUCCUGAACGUGACUGAGGACAGACAGAGACAGCUGAAAAUGCAUUACUUCUUUGACUGUACCUGUGAACACUGUAAAGGUCACAUCAAAGACGACCUCAAGAUGGGAGGCAAGGAGGUGGACGGGGUCAAGGUACCAGAGGAGCAGGUGAAGGAGGUAACAGAGUACAGUCUGCAGAUGCUGCAGAAGAUGGAUAAGGCUCGCUUGGAGGGGAACUACCAUGAGGUUAUUAAGAUAUGCAGGGAGUGUAUGGAGAAACAGGAGCCAGUGUUGGCUGAUACACACAUCUACCAGCUAAGGAUGUGGAGCACAGCCAGUGAGGUGUCAGCCUACCUGCAGUUUAUUGACGAGGCCGCUGACUAUGCACGCAAAAUGGUGGACGGAUACAACAAGCUAUACCAUCCAUGCAACGCCCACCUGGGGAUGGCAACCAUGAGGGCAGGAGUGACCCACUGGCAGGCAGGGAAGAUAGAGGUGGGACACGGCAUGAUCUGUAAGGCCUAUGCCAUCCUGCAGAGAACACACGGACCCACACAUCCCAUCACCAAAGACCUUGAGGCUAUGCGUAUGCAGACAGAAAUGGAGUUGAGGAUGUUUAGAGAGAAUGAGUAUAUUUACAAAAGUAUGCGGGAGGCUGCCCUGAAGAACCAGCCAAUGAGCAUGAUGAACGAACCUAUGGCGGAGAGUGUCAAGAAUCUCUUCCGCCGGCAGAAGAAGUGAUCUCACACACACACACACACCACACACACAGACACACAGACACACACAAUAGCAUAGCAGUGUACACAGUACACACCUUGAUAUCAGUUUACAUACAGAUUGUCAGAGGAAUCAACCCUUCUCAGUUCCAACAUCCAUGGCUCCUCACCAACCAUACUGUAGCUGGGAAACGCCUCACCCUCAUAUCCCCUCUCUUUAUCCCCUUGUCAGCUACACUGGUGUGAAAGAGCUAGUAAAAGCAAAUUCCCAAAACACGUCCACCAUUGCUUUAACCCAACUUGCAUUUUCAAAAUCACUAGCAAUUUGAGGAAGCCACUUUUAAACUAUUAUGGGCCCUUUAAUGGAAGGAUUCGAACCUAUCUGGUAACCCUUAUAUUGUAACAGACUAGAUGGAUGGCCCUACCAAUCCUUUAAAGCUAGAAUCCUUAGUUGCUAUAUCUAUUUUUGGACUUAUAAAUCAAUUAUAUAUACCUAUUGAUUCUUGAAGAAUAUAACUUAUAAAUGCCUCAUGAGCUUAGUUCAACUGUCACUCCAUGAGAACCCAAAAUAUAAGCUGGUUUUACUCCAAUGUUUGUAAACAAUGGAAAUGUAAACAAACACUGUAUAGCUUUAAAACGUGGGUAAAACUAUAAUUAUUAUAUCGUGAAUGGUCAGUCCUUGCAUCCAUAGCUCUGUAUAUCAAUUUGAGAGUUGUUACAUUUCUCCAGGCCCAUCUAUCGGCUUCAUACCAAAACAGAGGAGGGGUGACUGCUUUGUUAUUGGUUCAAUUAAGAAUUCUAGCUUUAUUUUCUACACUGCUGGGCUUUUUUAACUUUAUAUAA